AUGGCCGCUGUCAAGAACACAAGCAAGACCUUCACCCUCAACACGGGCGCCAAGAUACCCGCCAUCGGUCUGGGCACCUGGCAGUCCAAGCCCAACGAGGUGAAGAACGCCGUCGAGGCCGCCCUCCGCCAUGGCUACCGCCACAUCGACACAGCCUUCGCCUACGGCAACGAAAAGGAAGUAGGCGACGGCAUCAAGGCAUCCGGCGUGCCGCGAGGCGAGAUUUUCCUGACCACCAAGCUCGACAACCCGUGGCACAAGCGCGUACCCGAGGCCAUCGACCGCUCCCUGACCGCCCUGCAGACCGACUACGUCGACCUGUACCUCAUGCACUGGCCCAGCUCGACCGACCCGGAGGACCUAAAGAAGCACUACCCUGACUGGGACUUUGUCGACACCUGGCGCGAGCUGCAGAAGCUCGUCGGCUCCGGCAAGGUGCGCGCCAUCGGCGUGAGCAACUUUGGAAUCAAGAACACGGAGAAGCUGCUGGCUGCCGAGAGCACAAAGGUCGUGCCUGCUGUUAACCAGAUCGAGCUGCACCCGUGCAACCCCUCGCCCAAGCUGCUCGACUACCUCAAGGAAAAGGGCAUCCACGCUUCGGCAUAUUCACCUCUGGGAUCGACCGACUCGCCCCUCGCCAAGAACGAGGCGCUGCUCUCCAUCGCCAAGGCCAAGGGCAAGUCACCACAGCAGGUCCUGCUCAUGUGGGGCCUGCAGAGGGAUUACAGCGUUCUGCCCAAGAGUGUGACCGAGUCGCGGAUCCAGGCCAACUUCGAGCUGGAUGGAUGGAGCCUGACAGAUGAGGAGGUGAAGGCGCUGGAUGGUAUUCAGGAGAGGUUCAAGGUGUGUGGCGAUUCAUGGCUGCCGGUGAAGGUGUUUUUCGGAGAUGAUGAAUAGAUCAGAGGGUUUUUUUGGUAGAAAUAUAGAAAGGAAAAGAAACAAGGGGAGAGAAUGGUUGUGUUACAUAGAUAUGGCGUCACACAUCACGCACACUUCGCAGAUAGGUACGUUAAGGAAGGGACUUUAAAUGAGUAAAACAUAGUGUUUGGCAUGACG